AUGCCGGCGCGCGUCGUCUGCGCCUUCCUCCUCUGGCGCGCGGCCGGGGCCUUCCGGCCGGGAAACCCGCCCCGGCCGCGGGCCGCGACGGCGCGCCGCGCCGAGGCCGCGCCCGGGCCGGCGCCCCCGCUCGGCGGCGGCCGCGGCGUGCCGCUCGGCCCGCCGGCGGCGGCCUCGGAGCCGGGCUACGAGCGCUGGAUCAGCUCGCAGCUGCGCACGAACCGCAUCCAGGACGCGACGCGGGGCUUGAAGGACAAGGUCGUCGACGCGCUGCGGCGGCCCGACGCCGAGGCCGAGCUCGCGACCAUAGGAAGGGACCUGAACCUCCUCGUCACGAGCGGCAACACGGGCGUCACCGAGCGGGCGCGGUCGACGCUGCUCACGCAGCAGCGGGCCUGGGAGGAGCUCCUGCCCGUGCGCGCCGCGUUCCCGCGGUACGCGCGCUUCGUCGCGGCCAAGGACGCCGGCCCGGCGGCGCGGCCGCCGGGCGCGCGCUUCGCCGCCGUCGCGCCCGUCGCCUUCGAGCGCGAGACGCGGCUCCUGGGCCCGUUCCUGAGCGCGGGCAGCGCCUGGGACGUGGCCGCCGAGGACGCGGCGACGCUCCGGCUGACGCCGCGCUUCGGCGGCGGCUGGUUCGUGCGGUGCCUCGGCGUGCCGCUGCCGCUGCCGCGCCUCGGCGCCGCGGCGCCGCGCGAGGUCGUCGUGCUCUACCUCGAGGGCGACGUGCUCGUGGCCGUCGACCGGCGCGGCGGCGGCGACGCGCUCCUCGUCUACGCGGCGCCGCGGCUCCGCGGCUUCCGGAGCCCCUUUGGCUUGCGCGCGAAGCUCGCCGCGCUGCGCGUGCGGCGGCGCGAGCGCGCGCGGCGGAACGCGCGCGUCCGCGCCGCGAAGAAACCCAAGGGCGCGGCGCUCGUCGGCGACGUCGCCUGGCGCGACACCUCGAGCGCCCUCGACGUCGACGAGGCGCGCAUGCAGCGGUUCCUCGACGCGGACCCGCGGCGCCGCGAGAACUUCUCGGUCCAGGACAUGCUCGACGGCCGCCUCAGCGCCGAGGACCCGCUCGGGGACCUGAUCUCGGACUAA